CUGCACGUCGACCCAACCUCCUCACACUAGCACAGGGUGCAAUGGCGGCCUUCACCGUUGCACGAAGCAGCUCUCGUCUAAUAAGUGGGCUUAGGACUUCUUUUGGAGGUUUGGCACGGGUAAAACACGGUGUCGUCGCCGCCACUGCUUCCCAGGUUAGUCUACAAAAACAAUGCCGUCGGUAUGCCGUUGGCCAGUUGUCCGUGAAAGAGCGGAUAGACAAGAAGCGUCAAGAGGCUCUGCUCGGGGGAGGUCAACCUAGGAUUGAUGCACAGCACAAAAAGGGUAAACUGACAGCGAGGGAGCGGAUCGAGCUACUGCUGGAUCCCGAGUCCUUCGUGGAAUAUGACAUGUUCGUGGAGCAUAGAUGCUCCGACUUCGGCAUGGAACAGGAUCGGAACAAGUUUCCAGGGGACAGCGUUGUGACGGGACAGGGCAGAAUCAACGGCAGGCUCGUCUACGUUUUCAGUCAGGACUUCACCGUGUUUGGGGGUAGUCUGUCAGGAGCCCAUGCACAGAAGAUCUGUAAGGUUAUGGACCAGGCCAUGAUGGUGGGCGCGCCGGUCAUCGGGUUGAAUGACUCAGGAGGGGCCAGGAUCCAGGAAGGGGUCGAGUCCCUAGCAGGAUAUGCAGAUAUCUUCCUGAGGAAUGUGCUGGCGUCGGGGGUAGUGCCCCAGAUCUCUAUGAUCAUGGGCCCUUGUGCUGGCGGGGCCGUCUACUCCCCCGCUCUCACAGACUUCACCUUCAUGGUCAAGGACACAUCAUACCUGUUCAUCACAGGCCCUGAUGUCGUGAAGUCUGUCACCAAUGAGGAUGUGACGCAGGAGGAAUUGGGAGGAGCCAAGACACACACAGCAGUGUCCGGUGUGGCGCAUUACGCGUUUGAGAACGACGUGGACGCGCUGCUCAACCUCCGAGACUUCUUCAACUUUCUGCCGCUCAGCAAUCAGGACGCUGCUCCCGUGAUGGAGUCCCAUGACCCCAGUGACCGCCUGGUGCCUGCGAUGGACACCAUCGUCCCCUCCGAGACCACGAAAGCGUACGACAUGCUGGACAUCAUUCAUGCGAUCGUGGACGAGAAGAACUUCUUCGAGAUCAUGCCCAGCUACGCAAAGAACAUCGUGGUGGGGUUCGCCCGCAUGGACGGGCGCACUGUGGGCAUUGUGGGUAAUCAGCCCAAAGUGGCUUCAGGCUGUCUAGACAUCAACUCUUCGGUGAAAGGCGCUCGGUUUGUGCGUUUCUGCGACGCCUUCAACAUUCCCAUCAUCACCUUUGUGGACGUGCCCGGCUUCCUCCCAGGAACGGCCCAGGAGUACGGAGGCAUCAUCAGACAUGGAGCCAAGCUGCUGUAUGCUUUUGCCGAGGCCACCGUGCCCAAGAUCACCAUCAUCACCAGGAAGGCGUACGGCGGGGCCUAUGAUGUCAUGAGCUCCAAACACCUGAGGGGAGACGUCAACUACGCCUGGCCGUCUGCAGAGGUGGCCGUCAUGGGUGCUAAGGGCGCGGUCCAGAUCAUCUUCAGAGGGAAGGACAGCCAGGUGGAGGCUGAGGCUGAAUACGUGGAGAAGUUCGCCAACCCUUUCCCCGCGGCUGUCCGAGGCUUUGUGGAUGACAUCAUUGAGCCAUCGACCACACGGAAGAGGAUCUGCAGAGACCUGGAGGUGCUAGCCAGCAAGAAGCAGGUGAACCCCUGGAAGAAGCACGCCAACAUGCCCCUAUAGGGCGGCUGAAGCCCCACCUUCUCCAAACCCACAGUAGCUCACGUCACAGUACUCCGGGGUCAACUAGAUCACAUGGAUCAAGCACCGGACACAGCAAUACAGCAUUUGGUGGUGUGUGUGUUCUUGUCCUCUUGUUGUUUUACCUUUUUGUAGUGUUUGUUGGUUUGGAAAUGAAUUUACCACUCCAAAGAGACGCUGUACACAAAAACAUCUCAACCACCAAAUAGACACUAAGAAACGAUCUGAGGAAAAACCUGUUGACCUAUUGCAAGACCCAUUCUACCCUAGUCUCUUAUGUACAAUAAUAACGUAUGAAGUUAUCAUUGCGAUAUUGGUGAUGUUCUCCAACAUCCUGGUUGGAUGGGGUUUUCCGUCAAAUGUAUCUCAUAAGCAAUCUCUCUUAUAAACAUUGGAAAUGUUAAUAACAAAUGAACAUUUGAACCUGUUCAACGAGUAUUAAAACAUGAACCACCAGUAAAUCUGUCUAA